CGUCUGACUGAAACAUGGUUCCAACUAGCCCAGAAGAACAAAACACAGUCGGUUGACUGGCUCUGAUCUGCCUGCUGACACCCGUCUGUACAGAACAGAAAAUGGAGCAGAUACAUGUCCCUGUGCAGCCCGUUUCAUUCUCAUGAUGUGAAACUAAAGCAUGAUGCGUGAAGCGGCGGUGCAGCGUUAGCCCCACUAGCUGCUGCUACAAGUGGUGAGAGUUGUUGUCUCAGAGGUUGGCUCCACCCUUGAUAACUGACAUCUUCCCAAAUGGAUGUUUGAACAUUAUUCCUGCUCAGAAAAGGUGAGGGGAAAGUAUCUGAGAAGUGUGCAAGCAUUAGGAAACCCGCCAUGGAUUGGCUGAUGCAUGUAGUUGAGAGAGACUUGGGGAUUGACCGUCGGCAGCAAGCCCCGGGGUCCCGUCCCCGGGAGCUUGUUGCCCUUGUGCCUGUGCGCUGGGUGAUGGGCCUGAGGGAGAGGAGGCUCAUGCGCUGCAUCCGUUUUGAAAGUGUGAGUGCGGAAGAAGUUUGCACAUACCUCCGGUCUUCCCAGGCAAAGUUGCCACAUGGUUGGACACGAGUCUGCAUUCAGGGCUUGAGGAAAUCCAAGCUGAACUACAGACUGCUCAGAGACACAUGCCAUCAGCAAAUGGAACUGCUGUCCCAGGAUUCUUACGCCAAAACCAUGCAGUGUGUAUCGCAACACAAUGUCAGGAAUCUGUGGCGGGAAGCUCAUAAUAAGCUUGUGCAGCCAUACGCAGGAGCCACUGAACAAAUGCACUUUGCAGCUGAAUAUGCUGUGCGCAACGCGCUGCAGAAGCUCUUCAAUUCUACGUUCAUCUCGCCUGACAAAUUGUCACCAUCCCUUUCUCCUGCAAGAGAGAAAGAGAGAGACAGCUACUUCACAUGUAGCUCAUCUUCCUUUUCCAAGUCCCAGUCAGAUAAUUCGUGUCCUAAUAUUGUGCCUGCAGAAUGUCUGCUGGAAACAGCAGAAAUGUUGUAUGUCAUUCAACCCUUUACUCAGUAUUCGCUUCAUGAUAUCGUCUCAUUCAGCCCAGCCAAGCUUGCUAACAGCCAUGCCAAAGUGUUGUUCAUUAUCUACCAGGUGCUAAUAGCUUUGCAGGCAUGUCAUGCAUCAGGUCUUUCCUGUGGAGAGUUGUCUCUUCAGGAUAUAGCGGUAGAUGAACAACUCUGCUGCCGUCUUAAACUCAACAUAGCUCAUUAUGAGGACCUCGGGGCAAAAGGGGAAGUGGAAAGUGAUGCUGCAUUCAGACAAAAGCCAAAAAAUGUCCUGCUAAAAGAAAUGUCAUCUAAGAGCCAAGAGAACAAGAGAAUUUGCAAAGACUGCUUUGGUGAGUUGAAGACACUGGUUCUGGACUGGGUCCAUGGACGAGUCACCAACUUCCAUUACUUAAUGGAGUUGAACAGGUUAGCUGGACGCAGAGAAGGAGAUCCUAAUUAUCACCCAGUGUUGCCUUGGGUUGUAGAUUUCACUGUGCCAUUUGGAAAGUUUCGGGACCUGAGGAGGUCAAAGUUCAGGCUCAAUAAGGGCGACAAGCAGCUGGACUUUACAUAUGAGAUGACCAAGGAGGCUUUGGCAGCUGCAGGGGCUAACGGAGUGGGUGGAGGUGGUGUUGGUGGAGACCUCGCUGCCUGUUUGGGUGCAGGAGGUUCUGGGCCAUCUGACCACCUCCAUGUCCCUCAUCAUAUAUCUGAUGUGCUGUCAGACAUUACCUACUAUGUCUACAAAGCCCGGCAGACUCCCAAGUCUGUGUUGUGCAGUCACGUUAGAUCCCAGUGGGAGCCCAAUGAGUACCCGGCCAGUAUGGAGCGCAUGCAGAGCUGGACCCCUGAUGAGUGCAUUCCUGAGUUCUUCACUGAUCCUUCCAUUUUUCGCUCAAUCCACCCAGACAUGCCAGACCUGGAUGUUCCAUCUUGGUGCAAAUCUUACGAAGAGUUUAUUGAGAUCCAUCGGCGCCUUCUGGAGAGCAGAGAGGUGUCGCAGCACUUGCAUCAAUGGAUAGACCUCACAUUUGGCUAUAAGCUGUCUGGUAAAGAGGCUGUCAAGGCUAAGAAUGUGUGCCUCCACCUAGUGGACAACCACACCAAUCUGACGACAUAUGGGGUAGUUCAGCUGUUUGACCAGCCCCACCCACCCCGCUUAUCUCCUUCCCUUUAUGCCCCAGCAGAACCUCCUCUUCUUGGCCUUGCUGCUCUUAAUGUGCCUUCUCUACACAUCCCUCCAAAGGACAAAGUGGUUGACACUGUGGAUGGAAUGGUACCAGAGUCUACAGGCUGUGAGUCAAGUGGCUGGGCCAUGGUAGAUAGAGAUGAAGAGCUUGAGCAAGGUACCGAGGCUUUAGACGCUUUAGCAUCCACUGGAUCCUGCAGUUCUGUAUCUUGCUCUGUACCACUGCCAACCACUAGUGCAGGGGGAGGAAAGAUGGGUGGCGAGCACACAGGACCUGUUGUAUCUCAGUCUCCAAGUUCAUUCCCUGGUGAUUUCACAAGUGUCAUUGGUCCUGGUUUAAGAAGUGCAGUGUUACAAAGAGGUUGGCCAACAAACAAAAAACAUGGGGAAAAUGCGGCUGGUACCAAUGCAGAGGAAGUUAAAAUCACUCUCCCUGAAGGUUUCAACCCACUGCAACCUUUGGAAGAGCUGGAAAAGAUGAAUAAUUUCCUGGUGAAAAGUCUUCAUGCUGAAGUGUGGCAUCCAGCAACAUCCAGGGACUCAAUGAGGGAGGGCCUGAUAACCGAGUCUCGACCUUCUCUUACACAACUUUACCAAAGAGACAUGCAAGCUUUGGGUGUUUUUAUUGCCGAGAUGUUCUACUCUGCUAAACUGAGAGGCCUGAAACCAGGCACUUCACUCAGACAGCGUUUUCAAGCUGUCAUGAAACUAUGCUCUGCCAACCUUCGGGAUGUGCCACUGUCUUUACAACAUGCUCUUGAGACAUUGCUGCUAUUAGAGAAGCACUCUGUAGUAGCACACAGGGAAGUACCAGAUUGCUCAGAUCCACUCCUUUUCAAAUAUGAUCCCAUCUAUGACGGUCUUCCUCCUCCAAACCCUAAUCAAUUAUUAAAUUCCAUUACCACUCCCUUUCCUUUCCCUUCCUAUUUUGCUGCACUGCAUCAUUUUAUCUUUUCCUACCAUGCAAGGAUGGAUAAUGUGUGUAGCCUUCAAGGAAGAGAUGUUGUCUUCCACCUGUGGCAACACCUUGAAGCACUGCUGCAGAGCAACAUCACCGCAGAGGGUCUGGAGAUCCUCUUGCCCUUCAUACUAAGUCUGAUGCUUGAGGAGUCCACUGCUGUCUAUGCAGCUUGGUAUCUUUUUGAGCCCAUUUCUGGAGUACUUGGUCCCAGAAAUGCAAACAAGUACUUACUGAAGCCACUGAUCAGUGUUUAUGAAAACCCUCACUGCCUCAGAGGACGUUUCUAUCUCUACACAGAUUGUUUCAUCCUACAGCUGAUUGUAAGGCUUGGCCUGCAGGCCUUUCUUUCCAGCCUACUACCCCAUGUCCUGCAAGUCUUAACUGGCUUUGAAAGCUGUGCCACAGGCACUGCAGGGGAAGAUGGUAAAGGCCUAAGGCCUGGCAUGGUUAAUCUAGGAGAGGAAGAGGACUAUCAGUGCGGUGAGGUGCGGCCAUCUUCUGGGUCUGUUGGUGGCAACAUGGGGGCUAGCGGCGGGGCCAGUGGAGGAGUUGGGGUGGACACAGGGCUGGUUGACUACUCCUCUGGCAUUAGUCUCAGUGAGCAAGUGUUUCUCUCUGAGGCAGAAGACUUUCAGAACGAGUUUUAUGUCGGCAAUGGAGGCGGGGCGGCUGCCGGGAAGCAGCAGAUUCAGAACUCUGCAGCCAAGGACCAAGAACAGGAGUCUUUAAGUGUGGGCAAACUAAGUGACAAAAGCAGCACAAGUGAACUCUCUUUGGGAGAUGACUCAAUGCGGGAUAGAACCAGCCUCAAAUCAGCUGACAGCAGCCAGGACCUGAAACAUGCCAGUGAGGGAGAGGAGGGAGGAGACUUGGAGGAAGAAGUGGUCGCUGAUAAAUGUACAGAGGGGAUGGAUGACCCAGCUGGCCUCAACCUUGAACUCACUGGUUCGGGAUGCACGGAAGCAUCAAGAGCCACAGAGGAAACUCUCGUGGAUGAGUUUGUGAAUGGAAUGACGCUAGAGGAAAGUGAAAAGGGAAUUGUCGAAGGACAAGAGGACGAGGAUGAUGCUGAUCCAUCAGAGGACUCUGAGGAGAAAGAGCAAAAGAUUCUUUUAGAUACUGUCUGCAAAACAGUUCGUUGGCUAUCGGCGAAGCUCGGACCAACUGUGACAUCUCGAUAUGUAGCCAGAAAUUUGCUGCGACUGCUCACAAACUGUUAUAUCGGACCUGAAAACCAUCAGUUUAUGACGCCUCCAUCUGAGGAGGGCCACCUGGAAAGUGUGGGGAUGAGCAAUGUUUAUGAGAAAAAACCUGUGGUUGGGGAUCACACAGCAGAGCCUGUUUUGGACUGUCUCAUCUACAUUGCUCAACUUUAUGGAGAGCCCGUGCUCACUUAUCAGUACCUCCCUUAUAUCGGAUAUCUGGUGUCUCCGCCUUCUUCGCAGCGUCUUAACACACGUAAGGAAGCAAGUCUGCUCGGCGCUGUGGCUCUUACACAGAAGAUCAUCGUGUUUCUCUCAGACACCACUCUCAUGGACAUGCUCAUGAAGAUCAACCAGGAUGUGCUUCUGCCACUUCUGGAUCUACUUACUACCCCCCGAAUGGGGUUCCCCAGCGGGGUGCAAACACGCACUGCGAUCUGUCUCAAGACACUCAGCCUAAUGGCUCUCAUCUGCCUGCGCAUUGGGAGGGAGAUGGUGCAACAGCACAUGGCUGACACUCUGUGUCGCUUCUUUGCUGUGUUUUCUCUGCUGAAUUCUCUGAAACCCCAGUUGGAUUAUGCCUCUCGACGAGUUGUGGGAGAAGUAACAGUGGUGGACGUCUGCACAGCUGAAGAGGGGAAUGUCACAUAUGAAAUGGGGGUCUUGGAAGAGCUGCAGACUGUGUUUAAUCCUGAAAUGGCCCAUGCAUCCUACAUCCCUUUUUACUGCCUCAUAGGCGACACAGCAAUACGGAAGCUGGUUCCCAAUCACGAACUGGUUUGGCAGCUGGCCCAGUCCUACCAUCAGACUGUGAGUCAGGCCACCGCAGAGACAAACCUCGCCUCCGGAUCCAGGAUGGAGCUCCCGCCAUCUUCUGAUUUAGGUAGACAUGUGGCUUGUUCCCCAUUUCCAUCUUCCUCAAGUAGCCUCACCUCACAAGGAGAGUUCCUCCUCGAGUCCAGCACAUUUGGAAGCCAUCUGGUCGGGAACCGUAUCCAAGUGUCCCAUGACAGUGACUAUGGUGGCAAAACUAACCAUGGCAUGGCCAGCUCCUGGGGACGCUCCAGCCAUGCCACAUCCAUCACCACCACUGCUUCCACCUUCACCACCGCCUCCAUAGGUGCAACUUCGUCUUGGGUGACGGGGCCCUCCCCAGAAGACAGUGCCCUCAAGCAAGAGCUCCCCCGAAGUAGCCGCUCACUACAGGGCAACUGGCUGGCCUACUGGCAGUAUGAGAUCGGUCUUAAUCAACAAGAUUCACAUUUCCACUUUCACCAGAUCAGAUUGCAGAGUUUCCUGGGCCAUUCAGGGACCGCAAAGUGUUUAGCACCAUUGGCGGGGGAGGAUUACUUCCUUUCUGGUAGUAAAGACAAGACUGUGAAGCUCUGGGCCCUCUAUAACCAUGGUGACGGGACACGGGAGAUUGAGCCCAGGCUGACGUAUACUGAACAUCGAAAGUCGGUCUUCUAUGUUGGACAACUAGAAGCUUCGCAGGAGAUUGUCAGCUGUGAUGGUACCGUUCACCUGUGGGAUCAGUAUACAGGCAAACACAUCCGCAUGUACGAUGCUCUGGAUGGGAAGAAUCCCAUUACAGCCGUCACCACCAUGCCCGCUCCACACUGCAGUGUUGUUUUUGGCAGUGCAGAUUCAGUUCUCCGCUUCAUUGAUCCUCGCAAGCCUGGAUUGCAGCACGAAUUUCGCCUGGCGUACAACAAUUUAAGUGCUGGGCUCAUCCGCUACUUGGCAGCGAGCCCCUCGGGGCGCACGGUGGCUGCCGGUUUCUCAUCUGGAUUCAUUGUCCUCCUAGACGCCCGCACGGGACUGGUAUUGAAGGGCUGGCCAGCACAUGAAGGAGAUAUCCUCCAAAUGAAGGCUGCAGAGGGAAACCUGGUCAUCAGCUCUUCUACCGACUACACGCUGACUGUUUGGAAAGACCUUGAGCACAAGCCCCUCCGACAGUACAAGUCACAGUCUGACCACAUUCAUGCGUUCGACCUCUACGGCUCACAGAUCGUAACUGGAACAGUGGCUAACAAGAUUGGAGUGUACUCCAUGUCGGACAUCUCCAUGAGCCCUGUUAGCAGCACGAAACUGAGCUCUGAGAACUUCCGCGGCACUCUGACCAGCCUGGCAGUCCUGCCCACUAAGAGGCUUCUGCUGCUGGGCUCUGAGAACGGCGCCAUUAGGUUAUUAGCUUAAAUCAAUAGCUCGCAGUUAACACACACUCUUUCCACUGACCUUCAUCGUAUCUUGUCCACAAAGAGACAGGUGUCUGAGUUCUCUCUGUCCUUUUUGUGCUUAAGGUCAAUAGUAGUGGUAGGCCAGGUUGUCAGUUCCUUUAAAUUGGAUUUUUUUUUUUUUUUUUUUUUUUUUUUAACAAAGCAGCACAAGUGAAGACUUUGUAUGAGACCUAAGUCUACAGAACACUGCCAGUCUGGCUGCUGCACAGGAAAAUGAAGAGGAAAUCUGUGCCACACUGUUGAUAUUCAUUAUGGACACCGAAAAUCAUUCCUUAUGCCUAGAAAUGUAUAUUAUAUUAACAGGAAAUUCUCAUCUUGAUGAGGUCAUUCGUUGGUUUGAAGAGGUCGGUUUUUUUGUGCAAAAGAGUACAUUGGAAAACAUGCUCAGGAAGGUCCUAUGUAGUGUUUACACAUUUUCAAAUAGAUGCAUAACAAAACCAAAUAUUCACUGACCUCACCUAUUUCCCAUCAUGAUGAUGAGUACAUGCGACUCGAAAUGCACUGAUUAAACUAUGCAGUAUUUGUAGAUCAAAUCAUUUGUGUUGUUUCUCCAUGUUUCAUGAGAGUUGUUUUACAAUAGUAUGUGUAUACACACAAAAAACAAUACACUUACUGUUGAGUUGACAGUGUCAGUGUGCCUACUCAGAGAGGAGACGCUCAAGUUGUCGUCCUGAACAAAAGUUAGUGACAGAUGCACAGUCUUUAACCUACUGCACAAAUAUGGAUUGAAUUGUAACAUUUAGAUUCCAAGUAAAAUUUUAAAUACUGAAUGUUUUUAAUCCAGUAAUAAAUGACUUGAACUUUGUUUGAGGUUUUGUAA